GUGAUUCUCUCCGCAACAAAAUAAAAAAUAAAAUAAAACAAAACUCUCUCUGUCUCUCUCUUUUUUUCUUUUUUCUUGUUUGAACUCAUCAUUGCGCAACACAAACAUAACCUUGUUUGUGUCUGCUUUCAGACACAAUGAUACCAAGUUACGACCCAAAUGAUACAGAAGCUGGUCUCAAGCUUCUCGAGGAUCUAACAACAAAUGCAGAGGCAAUUCAACAACAAGUUCUCCACCAAAUACUCUCUCAAAACUCUGGAACACAAUAUCUCCGAGCGUUUCUCGACGGAGAAUCCGACAAGAAUCUACAAAGCUUCAAAAACAAAGUCCCUGUGGUGAAUUACGACGACAUAAAGCCUUUUAUUCAACGAAUCGCCGAUGGAGAAUCCUCCGAUAUCGUCUCAGCUCAGCCCAUCACAGAACUCCUCACUAGCUCGGGGACUUCUGCAGGAAAACCGAAGUUGAUGCCUUCUACAGCUGAAGAAUUGGAGAGGAAGACAUUUUUCUACAGCAUGCUUGUGCCUAUCAUGAACAAAUAUGUGAAUGGGCUAGAUGAAGGAAAAGGGAUGUAUCUUCUAUUCAUAAAACCUGAGAUCAAGACUCUUUCAGGUCUUAUGGCGCGUCCUGUUUUGACCAGCUAUUACAAAAGUCAACAUUUUAGGAACAGACCAUUCAACAAGUAUAACGUCUACACUAGCCCUGACCAGACCAUUCUUUGUCAAGACAGCAAACAGAGCAUGUACUGUCAGCUUCUCUGCGGUCUAGUCCAGCGAUCUCAUGUCCUAAGAGUCGGAGCUGUCUUUGCCUCUGCCUUUCUUCGAGCGGUCAAGUUCUUGGAGGAUCAUUACAAAGAGCUUUGCGCAGACAUUAGAACCGGCACUGUCACUAGCUGGAUCACUGACUCCUGCAGAGACUCGGUCUUGUCGAUCCUUAAUGGCCCAAAUCAAGAACUGGCUGAUGAAAUUGAGAGUGAGUGUGCUGAGAAGUCGUGGGAAGGGAUCUUGAGGAAGCUAUGGCCUAAGGCUAAGUAUGUUGAAGUCAUCGUGACGGGUUCGAUGGCUCAAUACAUUCCGACACUAGAGUUUUAUAGCGGAGGUUUACCGUUGGUUUCAACCAUGUACGCUUCCUCUGAGUGUUACUUUGGUAUCAACCUUAAUCCUUUGUGUGAUCCUGCCGAUGUUUCCUAUACGCUUCUUCCUAACAUGGCUUACUUCGAGUUCUUGCCCGUUGACGACAAAUCCCACGAAGAGAUUAACUUUGCAUCGCAUUCUAACACUGAUGACGAGGAUGCUCUCAAGGAAGAUCUUAUUGUCGAUCUUGUUAAUGUUGAAGUCGGUCGAUACUACGAAAUUGUCAUUACUACAUUCACAGGUUUAUACAGAUACAGAGUUGGUGAUAUUCUAAAAGUGACCGGCUUCCACAACAAAGCGCCUCAAUUCCGUUUCGUGCAGCGAAGAAACGUUGUACUAAGCAUCGACACUGACAAAACUAGCGAGGAAGAUCUACUAAACGCGGUGACACAAGCUAAACUCAACCAUCUACAACAGCCUUCAAGCCUCUUACUCAUGGAGUACACGAGCUAUGCGGACACGUCAUCAAUCCCGGGGCAUUACGUGCUCUUCUGGGAGCUAAAGCCACGUUACAGCAACGACCCACCAAAGCUAGACGACAAGACAAUGGAGGAUUGUUGCUCUGAGGUUGAGGAUUGUUUGGAUUACGUGUACAGAAGAUGCAGGAACAGAGAUAAAUCGAUUGGGCCACUGGAGAUUAGAGUUGUGAGUUUGGGUACGUUUGAUUCGUUAAUGGAUUUUUGUGUCUCACAAGGAUCAUCUUUGAAUCAGUAUAAGACUCCAAGAUGUGUUAAAACUGGAGGAGCUCUUGAGAUUCUUGAUUCCAGGGUUAUUGGGAGGUUCUUCAGUAAGAGAGUUCCUAGAUGGGAACCACUUGGUUUAGAUUCUUAGAAUUUUUCUUCUUUAAUAUCACAUCAUUAAAGUCUUGAUUUUUAAGUGUAAGAUCCUCAUUUGUUAAGUUGCUAAUCGGUGUUUUUUUUUUUUUCAAUUAUUAAGUGUUUUUGCUCUUUGCUCUCUUUUGUAACAAACUUUCAGCAAAGUCCUCUCAUUUUGUGAAUGUAUACUUUUCUUUCUUUGAUA